AUGGGUUUCAGCUGCGGUCUCUUUCACAGGCGGCCGGCACGCCAAAGUGUCCCGGCCGCGAAUGCGCAAGGGCAGCAAAGUCAGCAGGGACAGCAGGGACAGAGUGAUCUACAGGACAUUGAAUACACCCCCAGGACAUCCUAUGCCAGCUCCCACAACGAGGAGAUCACCACGACUCGGCAGCAUGCCAUGGCUGGCCGUGCUGGCCCCGCUGCUCCUCAAGCAAACGUUCAGAAUCCCGAGCUGGCCGGUUACUACUCGCCGCCCGCGCCUCGCCCAGCUCCUCCACCUCGACCUCGGGCACCGUACAGGCCGCCGCAGGAGCUGAGCGGAUUUUAUUCGCCGGGGUCAUCGGCGGCACAGCCGUCGCAGCAAGGGACAUCUCAGAGACAGGCGCCGCUGGUCAAUCAGGCGAGAAACCCAAAGCCUACAAUGUAUACUUGA